GGUUCCAUCCAACACAAACACAUACAUCUACUUAUUAACCAUGAAGCUUCAUGGACUAGCCUUGAUAGGUUAUCUAAUUGCUGUGGUGAGUUGCAAAGCUAUUGAGGAAUGCCAAGAGAACGAGCCAUUCACAUGUAGAAACACUGAUCAGUUAAGCAGAAAAAAUUUCCCAAAAGACUUCAUAUUCGGUGUUGCUUCUGCUGCUUACCAGGUGGAAGGGGACAGAGGACGUGGUCUUAACGUUUGGGAUGGCUUCACUCACCGAUACCCAGAGAAGGGAGGAUCCGAUCUUGGGAAUGGAGACACUACUUGUGAGUCAUACAAGAGAUGGCAGAAAGAUAUAGACAUCAUAGACGAACUCAAUGCUACUGGCUACAGAUUCUCAUUUGCAUGGUCAAGAAUCAUUCCAAAAGGAAAGGUGAGUAGGGGAGUGAACAAAGGAGGUCUCGAAUACUACCACAAACUCAUAGAUGGCCUCAUCGCGAAGAAUAUAACCCCUUUUGUUACCCUCUUUCACUGGGACCUUCCUCAAACACUGCAAGACGAGUAUGAAGGUUUCUUGAACCGCACCGUCAUAGAUGACUUUAGAGAUUAUGCGGAUCUAUGUUUCAAGGAAUUUGGUGGAAAGGUGAAGAACUGGAUCACGAUCAACCAGCUGUACACAGUGCCUACGAGAGGCUAUGCAAUCGGAACAGAUGCACCCGGUCGAUGUUCUCCGGAGGUUGAUGAGAGAUGUUACGGCGGAAAUUCUUCAACAGAACCUUAUAUAGUUGCACAUAACCAGCUUCUUGCUCAUGCUGCGGCGGUCGAUGUUUACAGGACAAAAUAUAAGUUCCAAAAAGGGAAGAUCGGACCAGUGAUGAUAACCAGAUGGUUUCUUCCAUUUGAUAAGACUGACCAAGCCAGCAGAGAUGCAGCUAAUAGGAUGAAAGAAUUCUUCUUGGGAUGGUUCAUGGAGCCGCUAACAAAGGGUAGAUACCCAGACAUCAUGAGGGAAAUUGUGGGUAGUCGGCUUCCCAAUUUCACGGAAGCAGAAGCGGAACUCGUUGCGGGUUCAUAUGAUUUUCUUGGUCUCAACUACUACACCACUCAGUACGCCCAGCCAAAACCUAACCCAGUUACAUGGGCAAAUCACACUGCCAUGAUGGACCCAGGCGCAAAGCUCACAUAUAACAAUUCCCGUGGUGAAAAUCUUGGUCCACUGUUCGUUAAAGACGAAAAAAACGGGAAUGCCUAUUACUACCCAAAAGGCAUUUAUUACGUUAUGGACUACUUCAAAAACAAAUACAAUAACCCUUUGAUCUAUAUCACUGAGAACGGAUUUAGUACUCCCGGUGAAGAAACCCGUUGUAAAGCUGUUGCUGAUUCCAAGCGGAUCGAUUAUCUCUGCAGUCACCUACAUUUUUUUCUCUUUUGAGUUUGAGGUAUGCAUACAUAAAUGCAUGGUCAUCAUCAUGCUUAGGCUUUGAAUGAUUGUUCGUGUUUCCAGGGAGAAGGGUGUCAACAUAAAAGGAUACUUUGCAUGGGCUCUUGGAGAUAAUUAUGAAUUCUGCAAAGGUUUUACCGUCAGAUUCGGACUUAGUUACGUUAACUGGACAAACCUCGAUGAUAGAAAUCUCAAAGAAUCUGGCAAAUGGUACCAAAGCUUUAUUAACGGUACCACUAAGAACCCUGCCAAACAAGAUUUCCGCCGCCCAAACCUCUCCCUCCGCAACCAGAAGAAGAACCUCGCAGAUGCAUGAAACACUUUAUCCCACCUUCAUGAUCAUCUUCAUAUCUCUACUA